AUGAAUUUACCUGAUUGCAAACUACCACCUAGUGGUGCUCAGCAUGAUUUCAGACAUUUGUUAUCUAAAAAAUCUGAAAUUUCAACUGAGCCUAAAUUAUUACAAACUUUAACGAACCAGACAGUAAAAUAUGGAGGUCAGGCUGUUUUAUUCUGUGAGGUGAGAGGAAAACCAGAACCAGAUAUCAAAUGGAGUGUCAACCAGAGAGAUAUUCAGGGUCGAGUUCACAUCAAGACAUUGACCAAUUCCUCAGUUUUAACAAUAGAUGACCUACAACAGGCUGACUCUGGUAAAUAUACCAUUAUAGCCGAGAAUGAUCUGGGCUAUGAUAAGGCUAAAAUAUUCAUCAGUGUUGAAGAUGUGCCGUACUCUCCAAUGGGGUGUCCGUCUGUGAGCGAGAUUACCAGUAAUGCCGUGUCCUUGGCGUGGUACGGCCCAGCUUACGACGGUGGCAGCCCAAUAACAGCCUAUACAGUAGAAUGCUGUAAAGGAAAUUCACGAAAAUGGACUUCAUUAACAAAUAAUUGUAGGAAUACUUUCUAUCAAGCUCAGAGCUUAGAACCAAACACUCAAUAUUGUUUCCGAAUACGAGCAGGUAAUAAACAUGGCAUGAGCGAGGCUAGCGAACCCUCCGAACUUAUUACAACAUACGAAGACUGUUCCUCUACUAUGGAUUAUGAGUCAGAUGAUGAGUUACCAUUUGAACCAAAGUAUGUAGAUAUUGAUAAAUCCCGAAAAUUUGAAGACUAUUUUGACACAAUGGAAGAGAUUGGAAGGGGCAAAUUUGGAAAUGUUUUUAAAUGUAAAGAUAAGAAAACCAAAAAAAUCUGGGCAGCGAAGAUCUUGAAGUGUCGUGAAAAGGAGAAAGACAACAUCAGAAACGAGAUCAACGUUAUGAACAAACUUCACCAUCCCAAAGUCCUCAUGUUAUGGGAUGCGUUUGAAGCUGCCAAGAGCAUGGUGCUAGUCAUGGAAUAUAUUCAAGGUGGUGAACUGUUUGAGCGAGUGAUUAGUGAUGACUUUGAACUAACCGAAGGCGACGUCAUCCAUUUUAUGCGACAAAUAUGUGACGGCUUGGGUUACAUUCACCAGCAAAAUGUCCUUCAUCUCGAUCUGAAACCAGAAAAUAUUUUGUGUAUCUCAAGUAAAACAAAUCAAAUCAAAAUCAUAGAUUUUGGACUGGCUCAGAAUUUUAAACGUGGAGAAAGUGUGAAAGUGUUAUUUGGAACGCCAGAAUUUAUCGCCCCUGAAGUGGUGAAUUAUGAUGAAAUUAGUUUCGCCACGGAUCUAUGGAGCGUGGGAGUCAUCUGUUAUGUUCUUCUAUCAGGGUUAUCACCGUUUUUAGGGGAUAGUGAAAACGAGACCUUAUCAAACGUAACGUUGGGAGAAUACGACUUUGAUGAUGACGCCUUCACCGAAAUAUCAGAUAAUGCUAAAGAUUUUAUACAGAAACUACUCAUCAAGAAAAAACAGAAAAGACAUACCAUCGACCAAUGUAAAAACCAUCAAUGGUUGGCUCAAGAUGAAAAACGUAUCCGUUGUAAACGGCUAAAUACAGAGAAAUUAAAACAUUUCAUGGCAAGACGGAAAUGGCAGAAAACUGGAAUGGCAAUUCGUGCACUGGGACGCAUGGCUUCGCUGAAAAAUUUGUUUUGUAAUAGUAGCAUGGGUAGUGGUUCGAGCAGUAUAAGCAAUCUGGACUUGAAUAGUGGUGAUAGUGUGGAUUGUGGUGUCAAGCCGUGUUUUGUGAAAGAAAUGAUGGAUUGUGAAGUAUUUUGUGGCGAUGUGAUAAGAUUUGAUGUCGUUAUUUCCAACUUCACGGAUGUACAAUGGUAUUACGAAGAUGACUUAAUCACCCAGGAUAAGAGGCAUAUCAUCGAUUUCAACGAAGAUGGACGGUGUUCAUUAAUUAUUCGUCAAGUUACGACAGAGGAUGACGGAGAGUAUACCUGUACCGCAGUCAAUAAACACGGAGAAACUUCCUGUUACGCAGAUUUAAUUGUGUGUGGCACCGGUGCUAUAUGA